ACUCAUUGAGCGCCACAGCGAGGCAGCCAAAGCCCAGCGUGGGAGGGACUACGGCGUGCGCUGGGCUUUUCAAUGAUCUCCCGGUGAAGGGCAGCUGGAGAGCCGCUGGCUUCGAAACUGAAACAAGGGGUCUGGAAGAUGACGUGAGUGAAAGCAGCGCCAAAGGGGAAACGGGAAAAAAAAUUAAAUAAAUCAGAUGGCUUCACUGGAAUUGGUUUGCCUUAAUAAAGAAAACAACCUGCCCGAUGCCAAGCACGACAGCGACUGGGUCGUCAGCGCACUUUACAGCUACAAGGAGCGGGGGGUCGCGUGCGGCGAGCAGCAGUGUCACUCUGCGCUAAGAGCCGCUGUCGGCGACGGAGCGCUCACUUCAGCACCAAGGACAGCGACCAGUAAGGGCGCGCCGCCCCAGCCCCUCGGCAGGGACACCAGGGCGUGCUGCUGCGAGCACGAACUGGAGGAGACCGCGUUCACGUACGUGGAUGAAAACGUCAAUCUGCAGCUCGCCGGCUCGCAUUUAGCCCCCAAAAGCCAUUACGAGCAAGUGGACCCCAGCCGCCCGCAUGAAAUCCAACAGGAAGCUCCGCCGGACUUGUCGCUCAUGUCGGAUGAUGAAACUUCUUCGGAGGCUUCGGGGAAAUCGGUCGACUACGGCUUCAUCAGCGCGGUCACGUUUCUCGUGACGGGGAUCUCCUUGGUUGUUAUUUCCUAUGCAGUACCUCGAGAUGUCAACGUGAAUCCCGACAGCGUGUCGGCGAGGGAAAUGGAGAGGCUGGAGAACGAGAGCGCCAGGGUGGGAGCUCAUCUGGACCGGUGUGUGAUCGCGGGGCUCUGCCUGCUCACCCUGGGCGGGGUUGUGCUGUCCACGUUGCUCAUGAUAUCCAUGUGGAAGGGGGAGAUCUACAGGAGGAAAGCUCUGGCUUAUUCCAAAGAGUCCGCUAAACUCUACGGCUCGAUUCAUUUCCACAUGGACUCGAGUUCGCAUGGCGCUACCUCGCAGACGUGCAUAGUGGAGGAAGACGCCGUGACCGUCGAAUGAAGAGCUGGCAGAUGUGGCCGUCGGCUCCAUGGGGCCUGUUCGCUCAUUUCGGUGUCAUUCAGUGCGUUGGAGUGAUGAGCGUCAGCGUUAAGUGAACACUGGAAGGGUGGGCUCUGGUAAAGGUGGGCUCGACCUCUCAUCUCACGUGAAAUGAUCCAGCAGGUCUUAGUUACCUUCGUAGUUACAUAAACCUCAACAUUUUUCAAUACUUUUAGAUUUACAAUUUUAGCAUAUUUAUCCUACCCUUUUAAGCAUCCUGUAGAUAUAUACAUAUAUAUUUUUUCUGACAGAUGAAUGGGGUGGGGUGGGAUGGGAUGGGAUGGGGGGCUUCCGACCACUGACUGUUUUAAAUGCCAUUUCUACCCUCUUAAAUGCCAAAGUGGCUCCUUAGCGUGACAUCGUGGGGGGCACUGCAGCUACUCAACUCACCCCACAGAGGGCUGCAGUGAGCUCAGGUUUUGGUUCCAUCCAGUUUCUUGAGGUUGAUCGGACCCCUUUCCUGAAGGAAUACUCCAACCCAAAAUGCUAAAUUCAGUGCUGGUUGAAGCCCAUUUGGAUCCCUAAGGUCGAGCAGCACCCCUCGUUGUCCAUACCAGGCAGUCAGUAGUAGACUUUUGACUUUGACCAGGGAGGGAGCCCCCCUCGGUGUCCGGAGUGCGUGCCGAUUCAGUCACACAAUUGGUGUCACUCUGUGUCCUAACCAGAGACUCUUAACAGUGUGCACCUCUUCACUUUCACAAGCAGCACCCCUAGUGGCCUGACUGGUUUAGGCUGUAAUCACCAUUUUGAAUUUUCUGGUGUGGGCGCCCACAAGAAGCACCGCUGGGUAAACCCGCCACAGUCUAACUUUUUUUAUGUUACUUAUCCCAUGUAAUUUGUAGUGAAAAAAAAUUGGAGAAUGAAGAUAACAAAGUGUUGGAUGGAAAAGGUGUCGAUGGAAACCAACAGCAAACCAAAUGAAAAACAUCCUUGAAAACAUCUCAUGAAAGUCGUGUCACCAAAUCCACAUUUGUGUUAACCAGUUGUACACUCAAAACAUGCAAACACAUGCUUAUUGCCUCAUGGGAUUGCAGACCCGCCUCUCCCCCUCAUUCAUUGGUCAAGAAUCCUGUCGAUUCCAUUCAAAAAGUCGGUCCCAUGAGGCUUCAGUUUCCUGUCUAUGAAGCGCUCUGAUUAUUCCAGGAGUAUCUGUUUAAUAAGAGAUAUGCCAGGUGCACAUUUAGAGCACACAACUGGGGAACGGACACGUGGAUUAUGGGACUGGAGUUACAGCAGAUUUUUUUUUUUUUCGUUUUUUUCCAUCAAUGUUUUUCACAUCACACAGCACGCUGGUCAUUAUUGACCUCUGUUAAGUCACAAAUUUUUUUCACUCCUUCAUGAAAAGGUGGGAUUCCACAUUUUUUCAGCCACCAGCAUAAAGUACGCUGGGAAAAUAAAGUACGUGGGAGAAAUGUAUUCAUUUUAUUUAUUUAUGUAUUUAUUUAUUUUUUAAAUUUAUUUAUUUCUGAAAGCUGAAUUGUUUUCAUUGCUUCUUCUAUACUCUUAAAAACCGGGGUGCUAAAACGGCUCGUCAGAGGGACCCCAAACUUAGCCCACAGGGGGCGGCAGCAGGCCCAGGGGUUUUGUUCCAGCCAUUAUCUGCCUUUCUAAAGGAAUGAGUCAACCAUACAUGAGAUCUAUAACUUUAUAUAUUUACUUAUUUUUUUUACCUGCCCCAUGCUUUGCGCCCUCCCCCACCAUAACCGUCUAUGGAGGAGGAGCCAAAGCUUUCGAUUUGAUGGAUCUCAACUUUUCUGGGUCCCCUGACACUCAAAACCUCAAACUCGAUGAUGUGUGUGUGUGUUUCUUCACAGUUUCUUGAGCUAAAACAGCCGGAUGGAAAAAUCCCAAACUUAAAACUUAAGCCUGUGAUGAGAUGACGAUGUGCGGAUUCGUUUUUGAGCCAAAUCAUGCAAGAAGAAGAGGCACUCGAGAGGAACCCUCAAAUAGCGUCAUUCUGCAAUGAAUGACAAAUUCUUCUCAUCAAUUGCUAUCGUAACGACUUGUUUUAUGAUUUCGAGCGGUAGAUAAUUACUGAAACGUUAGAGAAGAGUUUCGGUAACUUGCUUCCUAGGGGCUCAAAGCCUGCUGACAUUCACGUCCAAAUUUUUCUUUAGUUUUUCCCAAAAUGGAGACAGAAAAGUGUAUUACGUCAAACAAGUCCAUGGUGCCCAAUGCCGAACAACAGCAGACCGUCCAGAUUCGGUUUGGGUGAUUUUAUUUUGUCAAUUCUACGUCUUGGCCGCGAUUUUCAGGUCCUUCUAUUUGAGAGCCGUCAUUAGCGCCACGUCAUGCUUUUUAAGGGGUGUGGCCUCGAGGGGCGUGACCCCCAAGUAAUCGGUGCAACGGGAUUGGAAGCUUGGCUGGGGACGCUCUUUGUUAUCCAAUCAGUGGAUAACAACACAACAACAACAUUUAUUUCUGUCGCACAUUUUCAUACAAAUAGUAGCUCAAAGUGCUUUACGUAA